CCGCCGGCUCGGUCCCGCGCCCGCCGCCCGCCUGCGCCCGCCAUGGCCCGCCUGACGGAGAGCGAGGCGCGCCGGCAGCAGCAGCAGCUCCUGCAGACGCGGCCCUCGCCCGUGGGCAGCAGCGGGCCCGAGCCCCCCGGGGGGCAGCCCGACGGCAUGAAGGACCUGGACGCCAUCAAGCUCUUCGUGGGCCAGAUCCCGCGCAACCUGGACGAGAAGGACCUCAAGCCGCUCUUCGAGCAGUUCGGCCGCAUCUACGAGCUCACGGUGCUCAAAGACCCCUACACGGGCAUGCACAAAGGCUGUGCCUUUCUCACCUAUUGUGCCAGGGACUCCGCCAUCAAAGCUCAGACUGCCCUGCACGAACAGAAGACCUUGCCCGGGAUGGCGCGGCCAAUCCAGGUGAAGCCGGCGGACAGCGAAAGCCGCGGAGGUAGAGACCGGAAGCUGUUCGUGGGGAUGCUGAACAAGCAGCAGUCGGAGGAGGACGUGCUGCGGCUGUUCCAGCCCUUUGGGGUCAUCGACGAAUGCACCGUGCUGCGCGGGCCUGACGGCAGCAGCAAAGGCUGUGCCUUUGUGAAGUUCUCCUCCCACACCGAGGCCCAGGCAGCCAUCCACGCCCUGCACGGCAGCCAGACCAUGCCGGGUGCCUCCUCCAGCCUGGUGGUCAAGUUCGCCGACACGGACAAGGAGCGGACCCUGCGGCGCAUGCAGCAGAUGGUGGGGCAGCUGGGCAUCCUGACGCCGUCCCUCACCCUGCCCUUUAGCCCCUACAGUGCCUACGCCCAGGCUCUCAUGCAGCAGCAGACAACGGUCCUGUCCACGUCGGGCAGCUACCUGAGCCCCGGCGUGGCCUUCUCACCCUGCCACAUCCAGCAGAUUGGCGCCGUCAGCCUUAACGGGCUGCCUGCCACGCCCAUCGCCCCUGCCUCUGGACUGCACUCACCCCCGCUGCUUGGCACCACGGCCGUGCCUGGGCUCGUGGCUCCCAUCACCAAUGGCUUCGCAGGGGUUGUGCCCUUCCCUGGGGGGCACCCUGCCCUAGAGACCGUGUAUGCCAAUGGCCUUGUGCCCUACCCAGCUCAGAGCCCGACGGUAGCCGAGACCCUCCAUCCCGCCUUCUCCGGAGUCCAGCAGUACACAGCCAUGUACCCCACCGCGGCCAUCACGCCCAUCGCGCACAGCGUCCCCCAGCCGCCGCCCCUCCUGCAGCAGCAGCAGCGAGAAGGUCCCGAAGGCUGUAACCUGUUUAUCUACCACCUCCCCCAGGAGUUUGGAGACACGGAGCUGACGCAGAUGUUCCUGCCCUUCGGCAAUAUCAUCUCCUCCAAGGUGUUUAUGGAUCGGGCCACCAACCAGAGCAAAUGUUUUGGCUUCGUGAGCUUUGACAACCCGGCCAGCGCGCAGACCGCCAUCCAGGCCAUGAACGGCUUUCAGAUCGGCAUGAAGAGGCUCAAGGUGCAGCUGAAGCGGCCCAAAGACCCGGGACACCCCUACUGACCGCGCCCACAGCCGCCCGGAGGCUGCGGGCCUGGCCCAGGUGAGCCGCCAGGCGGCCCCACCCACCCCCACCCCCACCCCCACCCCGUUUUGGCCAAACACCCCCUCAUUCUCUGAGCCCUCCCCAGCCCCCCGGGGAUGCUGCUGGAGGCCAUGAGGGGUCCCCAGCUUGGGUCGCUGUGGACAGAGCUAGACUAGAUCACCCCCAUCCCCCCUUCGGUUGGGGCUGGGACGGAAGGUGGAUCUAGGGUCCGGGGGUGGUUGGGGAAUCCUUCCAGAAGAAGGCUUUGAAGGAUGAAUAGAAGUUCACUGAGAGGCCAGGUUUGGUCUGGGGUGGGGUGGGCUGUGGGGAGGGUAUUCUGUCCUGACCUGUGAGUCUCGCAGCUGGGCUGGGGUCGUAACUCUUCUCUGGUUCCUGCUCUGUGGGCUGGUGAGAAAGCGGAAUGUUUGCCCUGCUCACCAGCCUGCCCCCCCCCCCGAAAAAGGUACCCCCAGACACACCCCCAAGAGUGGAUUUUGCCAUCAGAGAGAACAACUUUAUCAACAACUAAACACCUUCUCUGGGGAAGGAACAGUGAGCCUAAGGGGCCAGUGGGGAAACGUAACUGACCGCAAGCCUUGACGAGCCUCAUCCGAGGAAUGGGUUCGUGGAAGUCGCCUCCCGAGACAGGGAGGAUCCGCUUGGGGAUGCGGUGUUUUCCCCACCAAGCCCAGGACCCGCCACCUGGAAAGCUCUUGACCAUUCAUUUCGGUUUUCUUUUCUCCAUCACAAGCGCCGUGGUCAUCAAAGCGCCGCGCCUGGGGUCUGGCGCCAAGUAGGUGCUCAGUUAGGGGCUGGGCAUGCUUUUCCGACUGUCAAGUCAGCACCCCCAGAUUCGCGGGUAUCCGGUCACGGGAUCAGGCGACUAAUGCCCCCUGCACCUGAACGCUCCGGGACAGCAAGUCCUUACUGAGCACCUACUAAGCGCUAGGCGCUCUUCCCCGCGCUUGGGGCCACACCCCAGUGGUGAAUGAACUGACACGGGGCGGGGCUUGGGGGGCGGAGCUGCUCCCCGUGGAGCUUCAGUGGCAGCGAGGGGGCAAGGGAGACCAGAAUAAACCCAACUCUUGGCCCGGGGUUGCGGGAGGAAAUGGGCUCAGCGGCCCCACGUCCCUUCCCAGGCGGUUUGUUGGCCUCCGGAUCCGGAAGUGGACUCUCUGUGAAAGGACAGGGGCCCUUGGGUUCCCAGAACCCAGCCUGGCCAGGGCAGGGGGUGUAGGUGGGAGGCGGUGUCGUAGGCCCCCCAUCACCCCGCCCUAACGCCCCUCCCUUCUCCGCCAGGUGAGGGGCCUUCCCACCCCAGGAGGGCUUCCCGCUUCCAACCGAUCCCGGACUUUUCCGUAAAUUACAACCGAGUUUGGACACCAGCCCUCCCUGUCUCUCCCGCCUCCCUUGCCCAACCCCCUUAAUGUGAAACCCUACAAAGGCCACAUGGCGCGGGGAGGGGGCUUUGUGAUCUGCCCCCGUGCUGGGGGGAGGGGGCUUCUGAGUUGGGGGCCAGGAGGUUUCCUGCCCCCUCCUUGGUGGCUCCCCAAACUAAAUCACAACUUUUCCUAUAUAUAUAUAUGCAUAUAUAUAUAGAGCUAUAGACAGUAUAUAUAUUUUUUGAGUAUAGAUCAUGGGACCAAACUUUUCCGACUUCCUCCCAUCCAAGAGAUGGUGACCCUGGCCCGGUCACUCAGCAGGGACAUAAGAAGGGCUGAGGAUGACCGGGCCGCCCAGUGUCUCCCCAUCUCCCGCUGUCAUGUCAGACCAGGGCGCCGAGAAGCACUGGGAAUCAGCUGCCAACGCGAUACACCUCCAGGACUUUGGGCCCCUGCUGCCGACGGCUCUCGCAGGCCUUUGGGCUCAGCCAGCUCGAGUGUCCCUGGUCUUAGCUGCAGCUUCGGGACCCCCUAACCCCUCCCUCACCCCAGGGCCCUGCCUUCCCCGACGUAGGCACAAAAGAGACCCGCCCCCACCUUCUCCACCCCCCCCACCCCCGUCAUAGCCUUACUCAUGUGACCAAUAGCCCUUAGCUUUCCGUCAGGGGCAGACAGGGGCCGGGGCGCCCCCCCGCCCCUCCUGCCCCCUCCCAAGGGCAGGCAGCCACCCUCCCUGCCUUCGGAUCACCAGCCUGGAGUUCACGAUCUCAUGACCAAGAUUGCCAAGCGCGUUGGACAAGCCAACCUGCACCGUCCCAGCACCCCGUUACCAGAAAUACCUCUACAGAUAAUUUUUUUUUUUUUAAUUUUGGUCUUUCUGAGCAGAUACAAAGAAGAAAAGAGAACAAAAUGGGGAAAAAAAAAUCAGAUGACUGGAUUUUUGUUUCCUAGUCGGGGCGGGGAGGGAAGUCCUUUCGGGGCAUCUCUGUAUAGCUACUCAAACCGUGAAAACCCACUUUGAAGCACAGAGUCAAGUUCGUUGGACGUCAUUGGGGCCUCUUGCCAAGUGAGGCGCCGAAGAACUUAAUAAGCUCAAGAAAAAAUUUGUAAAAAAAAAAAAAAAAGCAUUCCCUUUUGUUUCUACCAAAAUGUGUUGACUGACCCAGAAAAAAACAAAAACAAAAAAAAACAAAAAAGAACACAUUGCAAAAAAAAAAAAAAAAAAAAGAAAAGAAAAAAAAAGUCUUAAUGACCAACUUGUUUCGAUAUUCCAGAGUUUGAUAAUUGUUCCGAGACACUCUAGCGUGCCUGUGUCCCGUGCGUCUGCGUGUGCGUGCCCAGGGGCCACGAGGGGGCCUCGUGCGUGUCCCCGGCACCCGCCAAGCCCUCCGUUGGGCCUGCUUGGGAGUGCGUGUGGGUGUGCAGUGGCGUGUGUCCCUCUGGCCCAUGUUUACUGGCUGUAAAUACCAUUUUUAUACUCCACAUCGAAGACCUGCGUGAUUUGUACGAUGUACUUUAUUUCUGCUACGAGUGAUUUCAUGAAGUUUCAACUUGCAAACCGACUUUUGGAGACAAACCGCCACACACACACACACACACACACACACAUAUACAUACACAUACAUACACAUACACACACACACACAGAAAAGGAAUACAAGAAAGGGACUUAGAGGGAACUUUGGGUUGACUUGGUUUGGAUUUCUGGCUGGAGAGGUCCUUGUCACUGUGGCGUGUUCAGGUGAGAAGCUGCAACCAUCAUUUCAAUGUCCAAAUGCCUCUCUUUGGUCUGGAGAAACUGAAAGUUUAUUUAAUAAAAGUUUUACUUGCUAAA